AAAAUUAUAUGGUGCACUGUAGUUUAAAAAUGCUUUUGCUACUUUUAUUUCAGAAUUUGCAAUGUCUGACAGAAACAUUAUCAUGACUACAGCUGGUUGUAUAGAGAAUCUACUGCAUAAAAAAAAUUACCAAGAUAUUGGAAGUCAUCUUGAAUAUCUUGAAACUGUUGAUAUGACUAUAAACAAUCUCCAAGAGACUGAUAUUGCCAAAGCUGUUUUCCAAAUCCUCAAGAACUGUCCCUCUGUAGUACUGAAAAACAAGUCUAAGCAUUUAUUGUCAAAAUGGAAAACACUUUAUAAAAAAUAUCAAUCAAUGCAUAUUAAACCAAGAGCCAGUGAUAUGGAAAUUUCUAUUAGGAAUGAUCAGGUAGUCUUGGAGAAUAGAAAUUAUUGUGAAAAAGAAGAUCAGCUUGAAAAAGUAGAUUCUGUCAGUUCCAAGAAUUGCCUGCCAUCAGAAAACGGUUCAAAAGCUGUUAGAAGUAAUGUGCAAGAGGAUUAUGCAAUUCAAUCAGAACAUCUGGGAAUCUCAUGCUUGGAUAGCAAAAUAAACCCAUCUGGUGAUCCCAUUACACCUCUAAGGUCUAAAUGUGUAGAACUUCUCAACAAAGCUUUGCAUGAUUCUUCAACAAGCAAUGAACAAAAUGAAAAGCAUCACAAAUUAGCAGAAGAAAUUGAACAGCACAUUUUUUCAAUGUAUGCAAAAAAUAAUAGAAAAUACAAAAACUGUAUCAGGAGCAAAGUUUUAAACUUGAAAAAUCGUAAAAAUUUUCAUUUAAAGACUAACUUGCUCACAGGUGCUCUUAAUCCCAAAACAUUUGCUGAUAUGUCUGUGAUGGAAAUGGCACAUGAUGAACUGAAAGAGCUCAGGACUUCAUUUACAGAGUCAUCUGUUCUGGAACAUCAGCUCCCCCAAAAUAUCAGUGGUACACAUACAAGCAAAAUAAAAUGUAAGCGCUGUGAAAAAUAUGAUUGCACUAUUACUGUCAUUGCAAGGGGAGCCCUUUUCCUUCCUGGUUGGGUGCAGAAUACAAAUCCAGAUGAACAAAUGAUGACUUACGUGAUUUGUAAUAAAUGUGGAGAGCAGUGGUACCAUAGCAGAUGGAUCUGUUUAUAAGAUUGUACAUUACUUAGAAGAAGUAAAUAUAAAAUAUGAAGAUAACCCAGAGCAAAUAUUUGAAUAUAGCAGUAUUGAAAAUGCUUAAAUGGUUCUGUGCUGUAAUAAAAUGUGAACGUGAAUUACUGAACAAAUGAUUGUAAAAUAUUGGAAAUUGUCUAGAAAGCAGAGUAUGACUCAGGCCAGUUCGUAAUAGCAAAUCAGCAUUACUAUAGUAUCAAUGCCAUGCAACUUACAGAUAAUAGGAUAUUUUAAAAGCAUUGUUAAUCGAGUAACUUUUUACAUUCAUUUGAAGACUUAAAUUUUAGUUGGUAAAUUUCUAGGAAUGAAGUUUCCUGACUAUUUCACAAUCCUUGAAAUUCCUCCAUCUUUGGUAGUCCACAUGAGAAGACCCAAGGGAUGUCAUGAUAAUGAAGAUCUCUCUCCCUCUUUCGCACUAACUCACAUACACUCACACCCACACUCACACACACAAGAUGUCCUUGAUAUGAAGGCAGUGUUUUUGGAAAUGUGAGUAAUUAUUCUGUAGAUUUCAGUUCAAGUUGAAGGCAAAUGUUAAUUUAAUGUCUUUUAUGAUAAUAUAGCUCAGUGUAUUUAUAUCACACUAAUAUUAAAACAGGUUUAUUAAUUUACCUGUUAGUUUCCUGAACCAACUGAAUGUGCAGUUUCUUAAGCUUUUAAAGACUUAGUCCAGAGACUAAGGAAGUACCUUUUCCUAUAACAGCCAGGUGUUUUAUUAUUUCUUACACUAAAUUUGCCGAUAAAUAGACAGUCAGUGGCUACCUGUCAAGUUUCUAAUCAGUCAGACAGUACUUUUCAGUGCUGCGGCUUUUAUGGAGAAUGAUGAAUUAGAUAAGGGGUGUCAAACUCACGGCCCGUGAGGAUGCAUCACAUGCUGACCCCGCCAACUCCUGGUUUAGCCAAGGGGAAAAAAGUUACGCUAUGUCACAUGACAACGCUGUGUCAUCACGAGUUUGACACUCCGGAUUAGAUCAAUUUUAUUCUAAGCCAUAAAACUUUAUAAUUAAUACAGAUUUAUUAUGUUUUAUUUCUAGGUAUACUCAGUAUGGUGGUUCUGGGUGUUCCUUCUUGGAUUCAUCUUUAGUUCUAAGUUUUUACACUAAUGCAUUUUAAUCCUGCCAGUGUAACUAGUUACUAAAUAAAUAUGAUUUUUUUAAAAAAAAAAAGUUGAUAAAUAAAGC